CCGAGGGCUUCAGAGAAGAGGCUGGUGCGCCGGCCCGGAGCUCCCCGCACUCCACACUGGGCGCUCAGCGAUGGCCGGGGGGCGGGGCACGGCGCUCCGCGGCUCUCAGAGGUAGCAGGGAUCCUCACCCAGGAGGUGUCAGCCCAGGCCGGCCUCAUCUCUCUCAUCGCUCUCCUCACCUCGCUGGGACCCUGCCACAGGUUGCUGGGACCAUCUGGGCUCUCGGGACCUUGGACCAGGCCCUGGCCCAGUAGGAUGUCCCCGUGUCCUCCACAGCAGAGCAGGAACAGGGUAACACAGCUACCCAUUCCAGAGCCAGGUGAGAUGGAACUGACUUGGCAGGAGAUCAUGUCCAUCACUGAGCUGCAGGGUCUGAAUGCUCCAAGUGAGCCAUCAUUCGAGCCCCCAGCCCCUGUCCCAUACCCAGGGCCCCCGCCGCCUCCAAGUUACUGCCCCUGCUCUAUGCACUCGGAGCCUGGCUUUCCCCUUCCUACACCACCUUAUGAGCUCCCGGCACCCACAUCUCAUGUCCCAGACCCUCCGUACUCCUAUGGUAGCAACAUGACUGUACCAGUCUCCAAGCCACUGACCCUCUCGGGCCUGCUCAGUGACCCCCUCCCAGACCCCUUGGCCCUCCUGGACAUUGGGUUGUCAGCGGGGCCAUCCAAGCCCCAAGAAGACCCAGAAUCUGACUCAGGAUUAUCCCUCAACUAUAGUGACGCUGAAUCUCUUGAGUUGGAGGGGACGGAGGCUGGCCGGCGUCGCAGCGAGUAUGUAGAGAUGUACCCAGUGGAGUACCCCUACUCACUAAUGCCCAACUCCUUGACCCACCCCAACUAUGCCUUGCCACCUGCCGAGACCCCCUUAGCCUUAGAACCCUCCUCGGGCCCUGUGCGGGCCAAGCCCACUGCACGGGGGGAGGCGGGGAGUCGGGAUGAGCGGCGGGCCCUGGCCAUGAAGAUCCCCUUCCCUACGGACAAGAUUGUCAACCUGCCAGUAGACGACUUCAACGAGCUGCUGGCGCGGUACCCACUGACAGAGAGCCAGCUGGCCCUGGUCCGGGACAUCCGAAGGCGGGGCAAGAACAAGGUGGCCGCCCAGAACUGUCGCAAGAGAAAGCUGGAGACCAUCGUGCAGCUGGAGCGGGAACUGGAGCGGCUGGGCAGCGAGCGGGAGCGGCUUCUCCGGGCCCGAGGCGAGGCCGACCGGACCCUGGAGGUCAUGCGCCAACAGCUGACGGACCUGUACCGUGACAUUUUCCAGCACUUGCGGGAUGAAGCAGGCAACAGCUACUCCCCUGAAGAGUAUGCGCUACACCAGGCUGCUGAUGGGGCCAUCUUCCUGGUGCCCCGGGGGACCAAGAUGGAGGCCACAGACUGACCUGUCCGGAGGGGGUGGGACUGGUGAUGGGGGUUUCCUUCAUUCUCUUCUAAUAAAGGUCCUCCCCAUCCAUGAGGCCCAGGGGGAGCCGAGUUCUGUAGACCAGGAGGGGACCACAGUGGGAAACCUGGCAUUUGGAAGGUCCGAGGUGUGUUCAGUGAGGCUUGCCUGGAGGCAAGGAUGUGAGGGGAGGGCUGGAAUCUCUCUUCAGUGGUUCAGUUUUCUAGGUCUCCAGUCUGGGUUGACCUUUGGUAUAUAAAGCACUCUACGGAAAUAGC